CUCACCUGGUACGCAGCAGCAAUGCUUCAGUUUAUGACUUUGCCUUUGUCUUUCUUCAUGGCUGGUUUGCUCUCAGAGACUCUGUGCUCUUUAACUGUGGAGGUGGAAGCUGGAGAUAACGCCACUGUUUGGUGCCAACAUGAGCUGAUUUUUUCAGGUCGCAUCUUCUGGUAUAAACACAUAAGUGGUUCAGUUCCACUUCUUCUUGGGUGUAAACAGUUUUUUGCGUCUCGUCCAUCAGAGAAUUGUGAGUUGUUUACUGAAAGUGAGCGAAUAGUGAUGUCUGUUCAUGAGAAGAACACGUCUCUCACCAUCACCGCAGUAAAUGUCUCUGAUACAGGACUGUAUUACUGCAGCUUUAUGAAACGGGUCAUAAUGGCCUUUAGCAACUCGACCUUUUUACAUGUGAAAGAUGGAAAUAAAACAAAUAAGAACUCAGAGAGAACAAAAGGUUCAGUCUGUUCUCCUGUGUUCUUCGUGCUGACUGUGGUGUUCGGUGCAGUGACUGUGAUUCUUCUCAGUGUCCUGAUCUUCUUCAUACUGAAGCACAGAGAAACACACAGAGGUGAUAACGCUGAUAAACAUGAUGAUGAGGAGCAGGAGGCUGAUUCAGUGAAUUACGCUGCUCUACAGUGUUUGUAUAGUUUGAUGUUUGUUCUUUGUAUGAAUGUUUUGUCUGCCAGUUGUGGUGUAGCUCUGGACCCAGUUUUGGACGUCGGUUUCCUUCAGGUCUUGGUUCACCAUGAAUGAUGCCUGUGCUGUUCACUAUGGACUGCAGUCAGCUCAUUGUUCUCUUUAACAUCGGGGUUGCCCAGCGCUCUGUGCAGUGAUGAUUCUGUGCUCAAUUUCUGGAUCCACGGCACCUGAGUGAUGUUGCCCGAUGGCUUCGUGGUGGCUGUGCAGGCGGUGUGGGACAGACCUUUGUGCACCUUUUGGUGUGGUCAGCUAUGCCACUGGAGUUACAUCCUGACUGCUUUUGGUGGAAUUAUAUAUUUAAAUUAAUUAAUUUUAUUAUUUAUCUAUUAAUUAAUUUUGUAAUUGUA